AUGUCGAGUUUUAAUGCUAUCAAUUUGGCGCCCCAGGAUGACGAGGUAGAAGCAGAAGAACAUACAAGGGAGUUACAAAUCCAGGAAGGGUUCAAGAUAUAUGAAGAAGCGCUAGUAUUACUUAACGAGAAGAAGUUCAACGGAUCAAACGAAAAAUUUGAAGAACUGUUCCAGCUAGAUGUCAUAGUUCCUGAUAAAUGGGGUGUUUAUAGAUAUUCUUCUCCAUUACUCGAUCGUUUAAGGUAUCUCACAUAUAGAAACAGGGGCAUGUAUUAUUAUACUUACAUAUUGGAAAACCAUGCUUCGAUAGAUUCCUCAGAUGUCGUUAACAACAUCUUAAAAGUAGUAGAGAAUUUGAUAGAGGCAAUUCAACAUGAUGAUCCUGACAUUGCUGUCACAAAUUUGUUAGUCCAAUUGUUUCGUGGUUUCAAAUCAAAGAGACUAGAGAGAUUGAUAUUAGAAUGUGAAUUAUCUAAAGAUGACAACCAACUAUUAUUGACAGGGAGACGAAGGAAAACACUACUACCUCAGAUGGAAAUGCUAGUUAAUCAAUAUUGUUCUCUAUUAACAACUUUUAAGGAAGACAACACAUUGGAAUUCAUCCUAGCAAAUUUACCUACAAAAUCAUAUACAGAAAAUAUAACUGAGGAUUCGAAUGUACUGAAAUUGAACCCAAUUCUUGGAAAAAUUGAGAAGAUGAAAACUGAAGAUGAAGAUUUAAUGAAAUCACUAGAUACGUUUGCCAUAGAUAUCAAUGAAUUGAAUUGGGAAAAUGUGGUCUCUUCUUUAUCAUCUUUGCUACCCUAUUCUAAAACUUCAAAUUUGUUAGGAAGAAAUUCUGAUCCAUAUAAUGAACUAGAGGAGCCAAUAGAGGCCAUUGAAUUUAUUGUAAAACCUGGGAUCAUGCUCAAGGAACAAAUGGGAAUAGAAAAUAUAAACGACAAUACAGUGUUCACUACAACUAUACAGAGUGCAAUUGCAACAGACAACAAAUCUGCCACUGAUACACAAGCUGUAGCUCAUGAUAAAGAAAAAAAUGUAGAUCACUCAGACGAUACCAAAAAAGGACUCAAACGACCAGCUGAAGGGGAUACUGCUGCUGCUCGAAUAGUACAAAGAGCAAGUAAAAGAUUUAAAGAAAAAGAUACUUCUAUUGGUGGUGAUAAAACCUAUCUUUCAUUAGAGGCUCAUGAAAAGUUUUUAGAUGAAUAUGGCAGGAUAAUAUCGGAACUAUCAUAUAAGGUACCAUUUCAGGUAUCUGAUCUAUCGAAAGAAAGUGAGGCAACCAACCAAAAAUUUAUAUGGUAUCAUGAUUUAUUACAAUGUCUUGACCAUUGGAAUAGUACAUACACUGAUAUCUUUACAAGGGGAGAGCCACCUCGAAGGAAAACAGCACAUGUAUCCGCUAACAGGGAUGAGAUACUUCAAUUAAAUGUGCUGCUAAAGACUAAUAUACUGGAAGAGAAGAAUGAUAUCUGCGACGUUACUGAAGAACUUGUUUCAAAUGAUCUAAACAAAUUUAUUGAGGCAAUUAACGCUGCAAAACCGCAUUUUCAUGAGGCAAGAUUUUCUUUAUUACAAUAUCUCCUUUGCAAUAACAAUGGCGAAAGAUUCGUAACAAAAUUUAUGUGGUGCGAUGAAUUAUUUAAAGCUAUCGUUAUACUUAUACUUGGCAUUGAACGGAAUUUGUAUGAGUUCCUCAUUUACAAUAAAGAUAAAUAUUGGUAUUUUGGACUGUCUAUUUUAGAAAUUUUAGUGAAUUUUCUUGGUGAUAUAUGUGAAGAAAUGCAAAUAACCAAGGCCCAAAGUAAUAAAAUGAACGACUUAAGAUCACAACGAAAUAAACUGGAACGUAAAAUAAAUAGAUGGUUCUUGCUUUUAGAAUAUAAAGAUAGCACCGGAAAAUAUAUACAUAAUAACCUUCAGUUGGAGUGGAUUAGGUAUUGCUACAUUCAAAUGACUAAUGAGAUUACAAGCAAGCUGUUACUUCAUUCAUUGGAAUCUCUGUCUUCAAUUAUCAAGAAGAUCGAAAAUCCGACUCAAAUAAAUUAUCCGAACUACAAACAUAUCCCAACAUUAUCGAAAAAUUCUGUCAGAUCUCAAUUGAGUAAAAUAAAUAUAAUUCGAAAUAUUUCAUUGAUUGAGUCACACGAGAAUGAUUUUGUUAAUGAAGAAGAUAUCGAGAAAGAAAAUUUAGAACAUAUGAAACUUUUAGAAAAUAUACUGGUAAAGAGUUUGUACCCUACUGAUAACUCCACAAGUAAUGACUUAGAUAAAGAAAUGGUUAACUUUAUAUCUGAAUCCCCAUUUAAUUUGAAGGCUAAGCUAUGGGAAGUAUUGUUUUUAUAUUACUGUAACCUGAAUGAUGUUGAUGCGUCUUUAAGAGUUUAUUUUAAUUACAUCCACCUAUUGAGGAUAGGAAUAUCCUCCAGUCAACAAUCUAUCUCCUUAUCCGAAACUCGCGUACGCAAGCUACUAUUUAUUCUUUCAGCAGCGGGAUCUACUUCGUUAAAAAUGUUGGAAUACUUAAAAAAUAACAAGUGGGAUGAACCGAAAUUAUCCAUCGAACAUGAUGUUGUCCAGGACAUCUACGAUAUCUUUUUUGUACUAUAUUCGAUAGUAUAUUAUGAGACAAUAUCUUUGAACGAUCCUAAUUUAACCCCUUUCUCUCAUAGGGCUAUUAAAUCUUACGCUCUUGUCAAAGAUUAUUUGGUGUCAAUGGGAAGUAUCCUUGUUUAUCUUUUUUGUUGGGAGAGCUAUGCACAAAAAAUCAUAGAAUACAAGGAAUUCACUGUUAAGUACAUAUCAUUACUGCAUUCCUUUUUCGGAACCGUGUCAUUUUGUGAUGCUGCCAAUGGGUUCUUUCUAUUACUAUCCGAAAACCUAUUAUGCAGAUGGGCAAUAAAUGGGUCCUAUGAUUCAUUUAAGCAAGUCUUGUGGUGUCGCUAUCAUUAUUUACUUAACUAUGAAAGCGGUAACACUGAACAACACGAAACCAAAACUACUAAAAUGAACAAAGAGAAUGCUUUACCUUUAGGUAUAUAUCUAAUGAGGUAUCAGUAUAAAAAUUCAAAUCCGCUCCUAACACCUAACAAUAAAUCUUCGAUAAAACAAAUCCUAGAUAAUAUUAUUGAAACAGUAGGAGAUCCUAUUGUUUCCGAUAAUCAUCUUCUAGCCCGUAAUGAAUAUUUGUUUAACAACUUCUUGAGUAAACCCAUUACUAUAUCAUUACUAAAACAGGCCUUGAACGGAGCAUCAUUGCUGACUUUAACGACACCAAAUGACGAUCUUCAGAACGGUAUGGACGCCGGGAUAUUUUAUGUUGCCAGUAUCCAGACAAUGAACCUUUACAAGAUUAAAAAGAAAGCAAUGCAAGCUAGACCAUCUGAAUUGGAUUCAAUAAGAAGGACCUUACGAAACGAUAUUUUAUACAACACCAAAAGAUUUGAGAGCUGGUACCUGCUUGGCACUUGCUUCUCAUAUAUUGUCGAAGAUGAUUUAAUCUGGACAUCUGACAAAAUAUCAGUCAUUGAAAAGAAGCGUGCUACGGCAGAUACCCAAAGGAAGGCUAUCCUAUGUUACAUAAUGGCCUUAUCAUUGUAUUUUGAGAUGGAUAACCCUUUACAAGAUGACGCUAUAGUUGUAGGCCAAACUUUCGAGGCACUUGGCAAUGAACUAAUCAGUGCAUAUUAUAAACCGAUGGAUAAGCUCUCAUUUUCAUGGAAUUACUCAAACAAAAUAUUAGAAUUAUCAGAAGAUAGAAAUGUUACUGAGUCUAAAACAGAUAAAUACACAACAAUUUCGAAUUUUAACAUAGAGCAAGCUAUAGUUCUUUGUUUCAUGAAAGCAAAUCAUUACUUGGUAGCUUCUCAUAGGCCUACUUGGUGGACCGACUAUAACCUCAGUAAGAUGUUAUUUAAGAUAAACAAAAAAGUUUAUUAUAAACAGGCUUAUGAUUAUAUAUUAAAAUCGACAAUAACUUCAACGAAAAUGUCUUCUAGAAGUAAAGAUAUCAUUAUUGAACCACAUUUUUACUUGAUUAAUAUUUGUUAUAAAAUGGUGUCGCUAGGAUUAGUCUCCUCACUUGACGCUCUUGGUAUGAUUUCUAAAGAUAGUGAAUUUUUAGGACAAGAUGAUGAUUUCUGGAUAUCCCAAAAUAGUGGAGAUCCUGAAGGUAGUAAGAAGCAAUUUUAUCAGAAAGUAAUUACCCUAUUAAGGCACAUACUUUCAGAAGAUAAAAAGAAGUUACAACAUCGGCCUCAGUUCCGAAUUGCGAAGAUCCUCUACGAGGAAUUUCAGGAUACAGAAAUGGCCUUAAUAGAGAUGGAAAACAUGGUUUCUAUCAAGAAUUCUAAAAACCUAAUAAAUAUUUGGAAACCUGAUUUUGAAAGACCCGGAAAACACUUCGUGUAUGCAUAUGAAUACGUUAUUUUUUAUAUCAAACUUUGCUUGGAACAAAAGAAUUUCAAUGACAUUGCUAUAAUUAUCAAAAAAUUAAGAAGGUUUGGUUCAGGUAUAGCAUAUGUCAACGAUGCGAUUGAGUCUUCCAUUAGAAACUAUAACAUGUGCAUUGAAAAAAAACUGGAGAUUUGCGACAAGAAAUAUAUUGAAACCCUAUUUUUACAGCUCAGUUAUCAGACAUUCCUCAAGGUAAGCAAGGCUCUUUUUGAGGAAUUCAAUGUAAAAGAUUACACAGAAGAAUACAUAGAUGGGCUACGUUAUGCGUUUCAAUUAAAAAAAGGGAAUAAUGGUAUAGCAUUUGACAAUGCAUGCCUAUCGAUUUAUUUUAAAUGUUUUUAUUUACCUAAACUUCAAGGAGAGAUGGAUAAAAAAACUGAAUUUCAUAUCGUUCAGAGGGAUAUAUCAGAAUCUGGAGUUCAAGUUCCAGAGAAAACCGAACUUGUGAUUAAAGCUGAUAACAAAAUGCCAACUAGCCCUAAGCAGAACGGUGUUAAGAAGAGAAUCAGUAAGAAGGAAGCAUUCGAUAGAAUAAGAAGUUUGGUUGAUAAAUUCCCUUAA